AGCAUGAUGCUGAAUGAACUUAAAUACCCGAUGACUCCAGGUUAUAUCACUGAUGAUGUGUCUAGGUGUGUGUGUGCAAAUCUUUAAUUAGCAUACUGGUAAUUUCCAAUUUUACACCAUUUGCUACAUCCCAUAACUGCAAGUAAACCAGUGCAAUGACACCUUAUUUAAAACACAGAUAGUUAUAAACAACAACAUGAAAUGAAUUCGGCUCUGCUCUUGCAGCAUCACGCUGCGGGAAAUGAUGCUACUUGAUGAACUUGAGAUGAUGACGAACCAGAAGCGUUGAAACGUCAUAUAUGCGCGACGGACCAAACACUCAUGUGGGUAGCAUGAUGGAUGUCGCAGUGUCCCCGGUUUUAGCUUUACGGAAAUUUGGCUGCGAACAGAGUCUUCUGUCCCGACCCGACGGCUCUUCUUCUUUUGUUCAAGGAGAUACAAGCGUUUUAGCGGGCGUGUAUGGACCAGCCGAAGUGAAAAUAAGCAAGGAGAUCUAUGAUCGAGCAACUCUGGAAGUCAUGAUCCAGCCUAAAGUUGGGCUGUCAGGUGUGCGGGAGCGAGCACAGGAGCACUGCGUCCGCCAGACCUGUGAAGCUGCCCUCUUGUCAACCCUCCAUCCGCGCUCAUCCCUCUCCCUCAUUCUUCAGAUAAUCCAUGACGACGGCUCACUGCUGUCCUGCUGCCUGAACGCUGCCUGCAUGGCCCUGAUGGACGCUGGGCUGCCUAUGUCCUGCCUGUUUUGUGGUGUGACAUGUGCCAUUGAGCAGGACGGCCACAUCGUGACGGACCCCACCUCGCAGCAAGAGAAGGAAAGCCGAGCCUUGAUGACCUUUGCUAUUGACAGCGCAGAACGCAGGGUGAUGAUGUCAUCGACCAGAGGAUCUUUUUCAGUUAAUGAGCUGCAGCAGUGUGUAGCACUCAGCCAGAGGGCGUCGGAGGAGAUCUUUCAGUUUUACAGAGACUCUGUCCGAAGACGGUACUCAAAGACACUCUGAUUUAUUUUUCUCUCCAGCCCCUUUGCCUGCUUUUGCUGUGCUUGUUCUUCGUUUUCUUUAAUAAAAUACCAGCUGAAUAAGA